UCUUCUGUUUUCCAGAGUGAAAAUGGCUGAUUAUCAAGUGACCGUGUCCACUUCCUAUCUGGAUGAUGCCGGCACUUGUGACCAUGUCUUCAUUAAGCUGGUGGGAAAGGAUGGUGAGAGCAAACGCACGAGGCUCAUGGACUCCAAGGGAGAGUCAUCCUUCAUCAGAGGAGCAGUGUCUACUUUUACCAUGUCCUGCCCUGCCUCCAUUGGAAAGCUGGUCCUGAUAGAGCUUGAAAAACAGCCUUCCCAAAAUCCGGACAAAUGGUUUCCCACCAAGGUGGAAGUGAAAUCCCCCGAGGGAGACACCUUCAAGUUUCUCAUCUGCCGAUGGAUCACUGACAGCGAGGUGUACCGCUUCAGAGAGGGAAUAGUGACAGUUAACACAUUCAGUGCUGAUAUUGGUUAUCUUUAUUCUCGCCCCACCAGGAUUCUUCUGUUUUCCAGAGUGAAAAUGGCUGAUUAUCAAGUGACCGUGUCCACUUCCUAUCUGGAUGAUGCCGGCACUUGUGACCAUGUCUUCAUUAAGCUGGUGGGAAAGGAUGGUGAGAGCAAACGCACGAGGCUCAUGGACUCCAAGGGAGAGUCAUCCUUCAUCAGAGGAGCAGUGUCUACUUUUACCAUGUCCUGCCCUGCCUCCAUUGGAAAGCUGGUCCUGAUAGAGCUUGAAAAACAGCCUUCCCAAAAUCCGGACAAAUGGUUUCCCACCAAGGUGGAAGUGAAAUCCCCCGAGGGAGACACCUUCAAGUUUCUCAUCUGCCGAUGGAUCACUGACAGCGAGGUGUACCGCUUCAGAGAGGGAAUAGGUGUGUGCCAUAGCCCGGCGAGGAUCGGUGACUUUGAUCUGUGCUCGUUCCUGAUUGGCUGCCGCCAAGGGCGUUCGGGUUUUUAA